GGGAGUCAUGGGAUUAUACCACCUUAUUCGGUUUUUUUUUUCAAUCGAUUUUUGUUGAAAUUGAUCUGCCAUUUUGAAGCAAGUCCCUUUCCCAGCGCCAUUUUGAAGCAACCAAGACCGCGGCAGACACUGAGAGAGAGAGAGAGAGAGAGAGAGAGAUGAGAUACAGUUUCGAUUCACCUGAACCCAAACCCGACGAGAGGCUAGCCCUAAUGUCGACACCGCCGUCCACCACACCUAAAGACGAAGUGGAAUGGCUUCCGCUCCAGAACCACCCCAUCUUCUCUACCACCACCGCCGCCGCUUCCAGCGACGGCGCCGUCCAGUCCUCCACAUUCCGAAUGCCGACGAAUCUCCUGGCGUGGGACGGAGCCUCUCGCCUUUACUUCUGGGACCAAGACAAGCACUGCCUCCAUCGGAUCUCCAUUCGCCUGGGCGAGCCCCACCCCUCCUCCGUCCUUGCUGCUUCCCCCUCCAAGGUACUGCGAGCUGAUGUGCAACUCAAGUUUGUGGUUAGUAAGAUCUCCAUCAAUAGAAAUGGAUCAGCCCUAUUGCUAGCUGGUCCAGAUGGUCUAUCUGUCAUGUACCUCUAUGGGUGCACUUCAACAAAAGACGGCAGUGGUACCAGUAUAUGCAGGACUGUUUCAAUUGGCUCACACAUUUAUUCCAGUGGCAACAAUGUCAUACGUACAUUACAGGUUUCGUGGCACCCUUGCAGUGACAGCCAUAUGGGAAUCCUUUCUUCUGAUUCAGUUUUGAGAAUUUUCGAUUUGUCUUCUGCUCUUGAGCAACCGGAGCAGGAAUACUAUUUGCAGCCUGUGGAACCAGGUAGAUGCCGGAAUGCUGCAUCAAUCUGCCCUGUUGAAUUUUCUUUUGGAGGUGAUCACUUGUGGGAUAGAUUUAGUGUAUUUGUCCUAUUUAGUGAUGGUUCUGUUUACAUCCUCUGCCCAGUUGUUCCUUUUGGAAGUGUGUACAAAUGGGAAUCCAUAUUGGAGAUGUAUCAUGAUGCUCAAACAUUUGGGCUGGAAUCUUCAUAUCCAAAAGCUGUUAGUAACUCUAAUCGGGCAAUCACUUGGUUAGAAGCAACAUUUCCUGAGCUCUGUCUCGAAGCAACAGGAGGAAAUCUAUCUGCUGUUAAAGCUCAGCCAUAUGCUUUAUUUGAUGCAUCCAUUUCAUUGCAGGGUCCUCUCCCUAAAGUAGGUCAUGGUGGGGAAGAAGAUAUACACGCUCAAGUUGAAGAGUCUGAAGGGCGGGCAGUCAGUUUACUCUACAAUGCAAUCAGUAAAGAUUCGAUUCUGGUAACAGCCUGGAGUGGUGGGCAACUGCAGAUAGAUGCUCUAGCAGAUGAAAUACAGCCAGUCUGGAUUGUUGGUACCCCACCUCGUGUGUGUUUCGAUUCUCAUGACCGUAUCGUUGGUGUUGCUAUGAUAUGUGAAUCAGUCACAGGCGAUCACUCUGCAUUGAAGCUUUACGAGCCAUCUGAUCAUACUGUUUGGUCAGGAUAUCCUCCCCCUUUGUUGAGACUAGCAAUGGUGGAUUUAGCUCUGCCAAGAAAUAGAGAAAGUACUUCUCUUAUUUCAAUGGUUUCUGACCCCCUAAUCCCAGAAAGAAUGUUUGUUCUUCAUGAUGGGGGGAUAGAUUCCAUUGUGUUACAUUUUCUCCCUUUUACAAGUCAGACAAGCAGCAAGAAUGAAAGCAUGAGAACCCCCUCUGUCCAUCCUGUUCUUUGCACAUCACAAGGAGGAUACUCAUCUCCUCUUUUUGGUUUCUUGGCAUUAUCAGAUUCAUUUGGAUAUUCAUGGAUUGUGGGGUUGACCUCCUCUCGUGAAUGCAUUGUGCUUGAGAUGAAAACUUGGGAUCUCUUGCUUCCCGUUCAUGUUGAAAGGGAGGGAGUUGCAACCUUGGAUGAAUCAAGAGUUAAUGGUAAUCUAGUUAUAAGCAAAGAACUCCUUAGUGGCCCCAAGGUUGUUCUUCUUCCUCCAUCAUCAAACCUACGCUCUGUGACUGCUGAUUCUAUUGAAGGACGAUCGACUCUUCAUCAGUACUUCAAGCUUUUUCACGAAAAUUAUGUGGAGUAUGCACACAAGGUGUAUUUCGAACUCAAGCAUCAUGGACCUCAAUUAAAGAAAAUUAUUGAAGACCAGCAUGGUCGUUUACGUGUGGCCCAUCAAAAGCUCUUGAAAGUUGAGGAGAAACAAGAAAAACUAGACGAUCGCAUUGCUCGUGCAACUCAUGUGCAUAGUCUCUUAGAAGAACGCUUGCAGCGGUGGAGAAACUUGCCGGGGGUGCGCAAGAAACCAUUGUCAAAUGCAGAGAGAGAGUUCAAGUCAGAACUAGACAGGUUUACUGGGGUUGAGUUGGAUGCUUUGCAUUCUUCCAUUGAAGCUUUGAACGCGCGGUUGCAAAGAUAUGCACAUUCUUCACAGGGCAAUCCAUCCAACCAACAGAGGCAAAUGUCUAGUAGAAGGAAGAAUUAUGUCCAAGAUGACCAUAUCUCUCUUCUCAAAUCUUCACUUGCUAAACUUUCACUUGUAAAUAGUGAGAAUACGAAAAAGGUUAAACUUCUUGAAUCUACACUGAGUCAUCGUCAAAGCAUCGGCUAAUAUAGAGCUGGACAGGCAACAAACCGAAUUCUUCUAAUUUUAAGAUUGAGCUAGAGCCCGUCAACAGCCGGAGGAGUUGUUUGGCUUGUUUGAAGCGGAACGUGCUUUUGAAAUCAACAUUAUAGCUGGUUGAUUUUCAGGUCUCUUGUUGAUUACUUGUCUAUAUGAUGUAUGUCUCAUGAAGUAGAGCUGAAGAGGGGGACACUAUGGCUAAAGUUUUCUUUGUAUCAACUCAAAGGACUUUAAACCCUAAUCCCUCUAAAUUAUCCAAAAAUUAGCUGUUGAGUUCUGGAUUUCUGGGUUAGCAUACUAUGUAACUGGCCAACAGAGGGUAGAAAGCUACUAAUUCCUAGGUUUUUAAAUGAGUGACUGACCACUUUUCUAGCUUUACUCAACACAUUAUAGCAUUGUAUUUCAGAUGUAUAUGCACAACCAUUGGUUAUGGUUGGAUAUGCUAAUGAUGUGCUUAAUUUGUAUUCCUUUUUAACCACAAA